AUGGGGAGAAGUUUGGAUCAAUCGCCCGAAGCAGCAGAGGCCGCCAACAUCAAAUUCCUCUUCGACGACUGGAGCGACCUUCACGGCGAGGGCAGACUGAUCCUCCGGCCGAACCGGUUCUGGACCCACGCGGGCAGCUUCUGGCGCAUGCUGCACGUGGCGCCGAGUUUGGUCGAGGAUCUCAAGGAGAGCGAACUGGUGAUUUUCAAGGGAGAUUUGAAUUACAGAAAGUUGACUGGAGAUGCUGCCUGGCCCGCCACCACGCCCUUCACAGAAGCCAUCGGCCCACUCGGUCCGUCGUCGGGCCUCAGAGUGCUCGCGCUGCGGACAUGCAAGGCCGACGUCGUGGUCGGGUUGCCUGAAGGCAAGGACGAAGAGAUCCGCGCGACCGAGGGCGGCGGCGGCGACACCGGGGCAAGGAAGUGGGCGUGGAGUGGGAAGUGGGCCGUCGUGCAGUUCUCUGAUGGCAAGGUUUGA